AUGUCUGAUGAUCCGUGUGAUACAGAAAGCUGGGAAGAACCUGAGCCAUCGUGCCAUGCGAGGAGGCCGAAAACAUCUCGCUCUUGCCGGGCUGGGCUGGUAUUCCCUGUAAGCCGCAUUGAAAGAUUCCUCCGGAAGGGAGACUACGCAGAGCGCAUUGGAUCAGGGUCGUCUGUGUACAUGGCCGCAGUGCUUCAGUACCUGACCUAUGACAUUAUGGAUAUAGCUGGGAACAUUGCUAAAAACGACCACAAGCGCCGAAUUGCCCCCCGGCACUUACAGAGAGCCAUCAGUGAUGAUGCUGAACUCCACUCUCUGCUUGGAGGUAUCACCUUCCCCCAGGGGAACACCCUGCCCAAGAAUAAGACCACCGCAUCAGCCAGGAGGGGGAAGGGCAAGAAAUCUGGCAAGGCCGUAAGAGCUCAAAAUGUUGUUACUGCAUAA